UGAGCAAGGCAGUCCCUUUUGUGUUUUUAGCUAAAAAGACGAGUUUUUAAGUUCAUUGGAGCCUUUCGCUGGGUUCCAAUAUGCGCAUUAGCGUCCAGCUAUAAAUCAAAAACAAUCAAGUGCCUCCAAAAUUGCCUUUUUAAUAGAUUACGCGAUGAUUUCGUUACGUUCGCACCACACCCUUGCAUCUUGCGUUAUAUUGUUUUUCUUCGUAAUUCGUGCCGCCAAUGCUGAAGAUGACUCUUCGUUCCUCGGAUGUUACAAAAAGCUCGAUGGACUCGAAAGGAUUCGUCGUGUACACUCGUUAACGGUCCAAAAUUGCGUCAAAGCGUGCGAAGAGGAAAACAAAGCAUUCGCAUUGCUCGGCUCGAUCGAGUGUUUCUGCUCGAACAGCAAGGAAGAACGAGAUGUUGUCGAAAAUGCGCGUUGUUUAAGUUGCAGUUACGAUGAUGCGGUACUUUGUGGAAGCUUUGACGUUGUCGCUUACUACAAAACCCCAGUUGAAGUUCCCGGUGCGAUGUUGACGUUGUUUAUAACAAAUGUCACGAACACUUCGAUUGCGAUAAGGUGGGAUCGUCCCCUAGAUGCCUUUAAAAAGAUCACCGAGUACCAGGUAAAAGCUGAAGUUGAAUUUACCUUCGGAACCAACAUCCAAAUGGAACGUUUUUGGACCGUACAACCUGAAAUGAACGAAUAUGAGUUGUCAAAUUUGCAUCCUGGGACGACUUAUAACAUUACCUUGUACGCGAUGCAAAACGGGGAUGUCAGCGCCAAUAGUUCGAUUCAAGAAACAACUUUUAUUGGGGUUCCGUAUCCAAAACCCGAGGAACCGAUCAUUUUGAGUGAAAGUGACACAACGAAAACCAUCGAAAUAAUGCGAACGGACAGCAUUUAUCACAACGAAAAUGGUCCGGUGAGUGCCUGGCGUGUUGUAGUUCACAUGGUUGAAGGAGAUUUGUAUCAACCUUUCGAUCCGGAGCUUUUGCGCGACUAUCGUGGUGCCCGGGAAGACGGUUUGCCGUACUACAUCGCCGCUGAAGUGGGAAAUCGGACAAAAACUUUGACAAUCGGGGAUGGAAAUCGUCAUGGUGACUUUGAAAAUCCGCCGUUGCCCGUUGGAAAGCACAUUCACAUCUCCAUCGGAGUUGUCUCGAUGCUGAAUAAUCGAACGGAAGUCUUGUACUCGGAUACGACACACGAUCAACAUACCCGAAUGGAAACAAUUGCCAUCGAUUUGCCCGAAGAGCAGGACGGAACGAACCAAACUUUGGUCAUAAUUCUCACAGCAGCUUGUAUCAUCCUGGGAUUACUUCUGAUCACUUCCAGCAUCGCUUAUUGCUUCUUGCGGGUCAGAGCAGGACGUCGCGUGCAACGAUUGUCCGAUCAUCACGAGUUAACGGUCCAAAGUCACGCCGUGGAGAUGGAAAAUAACGGAUAUGUCGGCGAUAACUUCAAUAAUACGAAUUUUUCUGAAAGUUUAUCCUUGCUAGCAGAUCGCCUUGACACAAACCAACAAAUUCCGCGGAAAAAUCUCACACUUGACAUCGACAAUGUGAUUGCGAAUGGCGCUUAUGGCGAAGUAAUUCGCGGAAGUGUCUCGAAAAAUAAUAUUUCGACAACGUGUCAAGUGCAUACGGUACAAGAUGACAUGGAAAAGCCCGAGCAAAACGCUUUUUUAAAGGAAUUUAAUCAACUCAUGGAAUUAAGUGGACAUGAAUCCUUUCUGAGAUUCUUUGGCGUUUGCAAGACCCCUGAUUGGUUCUAUCUCGUAUUUGAAGAUGUUUCGCGUACGUUGAAGCGAUAUUUGUUGGAUGCACGUGUCGAACGGAGUGAUCGGUUCUCGUCGGUGUCUGAAGAAAUGGUUAUGACGAUAAUUUCUGACCUGGGCAAUGCUUUGGAAUAUUUGGAACAAAACCACAUCGCUCACAAAAAAUUGAACUCAUUCAAUGUUCGCGUCAACCAAGACGAGGAAGUGAAAAUCGGAUUUUUUGGACCGACUCACUUCGAUGAAAAUGGCAAGACAAUCGAUACGCGUCGCUGGGAUGCUCCAGAAGUGCUCAAAAAUAUCAACAGUCAUUCGACGAAAAGUGACGUUUGGUCUUUUGGUGUCUUGAUGUGGGAAUGUUGCUGUCUAGGAGCAACGCCGUACGGAAAUAUCGUUGCGACAGACUUGUUACCUCGCAUUCGGAAUGGGGCAAGAUGUGAACAAACGCCUUUCAUGUUCGACGAUUUGUAUCAACUCCUUCUCAAUUGCUGGGAACUCGAUGCCAAGGAACGUCCCACGUUCGCGGAAAUUAAUAAUUUCCUGAAGCAACUUAUGACAUCGAUUGAGCACGCACUUACUUUUAAUCGUCGCGAUGGCAUCCAAUUGCCAUACCAUUUGCCAUUGUUGGAAGUCAAAAAUUAAGUCAUGCCAGAUUUUUUUUCUACGUAUUUUUGCCUUAAUGAUAAGAAUAACGAAUCAUUCCGUCCUUUUAUAAUGUGAAUGUGCGCCGCUUUUUUGGUGUCAAAAAAUGCACAAUUUUUAUGAUAAUUACUUUUUGAUAGUUUGUAGUACUUUACAAAAAAGAAGAAA